AGGUGGAAGAGUUCGUUCAGGCCAACAAGAACACUCGCAUGACGCUGUUGGACCAGCGGGCAGAGACAGACAAGGAGAAGCAAAAGAUCCUAGCUCAGUUGGCAGAGCGAAGGAAGCUGCGCGAUCGUUUCCAACGGCGCUUGGAGAUUGUGAAGGAUUUAAGCCGCUCCAGCAAGGCUUCAACGACUGGUUCAUCGGAUCCCUUGAUGAAGAUGCUGCACAAGCUAUGCUCGGAGACAGCGGAGUACUUCCAUCGUCGCGCAAGUCAAGCGACUCAAGGAUUCCUGGAUCACAUGAAGACCCGCGACGCGGAUUUCGCCUUCUUAGAUCAGACCGAGCAGAAAAUGAAGGACUUAGCCGAGAGUGUCUCCAGUAGUGGCCCGGAGCGCGCCGAGCAUGCGCGGCUGGUGAAACAGAUGCUUGUGGACUUGGUGAACCUCCGACGUGCCUGGUGCGACAUGCUCCAGGACCGUUGGGCGUCGGAAGGCUUAGACCUGAGCUGCUUCUUCGAUGGAUCCAACAAACCCAGCAGCGCUGAACAGGCCUUUGGCGACUUUGAUGAGGACGAAGAUGCUGCGCCAAGCCUCUUGCCAUCGCCGCAACUGCCGUCCCUGGGUGUUUUCGGUGGCGAGACGGACACCGCGCCGAGCAAAGGGAUCUUUGGGUUCCUGACCUGAAGCGAAGUCGCAGCAAUUUCUGGAUGGAACAGGGGAUAUCCCAUGUAUCUUCC